GCGGGGCCGCCGCCUCCAGUCCGCCGCAGAUACUCGAAGCGGCUGCAUGACAGUCCGCGCUCGGUCGUCGCUGAGGAACGUGCCGUGAACACUGUAGAGUAGACGUGGAGCGGCCAGUGUGGAGUACCGUGGGAGUAGCGCGAGCAGUGGUCGAGAGGGAGAGCAGGGCGGCAGCUGUGUGUUCAGUGCUGCCGGAGGAGCAGUGUAGUGUCGCGGGGCGCGCUUCCCCCCUUCCCCCCUGCGCCUCUCAUUUCCAUAUGGGCGCCCCCCCCGCGGGGAGGUGGCGGUGGUGGGCCAGCCCGCGCAUACUCGCCGCCACAUUUACCUACUAAUUCUCGCCGAGGCGUCAUUACGAUGUGCAGACGGUGGGUGGCGGCCGCGGAGGUCCCACGCUAGUGAUACUUGUGCAUGUGGAGUGGUGGUAGUGGCGGCUCAGUGUGGUGUUGUGGCACAUGGUGCUAGUGACGCCCGCACCACGUGUAGCCUACCCUGUGGCACGGCCGGGCAAGGGGGCCAGGCCCUCGCUACCCAUCACGACAACACGACCACCCGCAACCCUACCCAGCAGCAGCACCAAGAGGGGGGCGUGCAGCUCACGUGCCCAAGCCAGCGGCGGCACGAGCAUGUGGCACACCCAGCCCAGGGACGAUGUGGACCUCAGAUGGUGCGUGGAGGUUGAGGGCUGUGACUAGUGGAGGCGCCGUGUCCGUGCCGCCAUGCCCGGAGAGGAGCAGGGAGAACCGCCUCUGAAGGGAUGCCCCCCGGCCCCCCCACACCCUCCCGCUAACCCUCUCGACACCCCCAGCCACCCCCAGGAACACCAACAAGCCCCCCCGGAAAUGAGUCCCGAGGACGCUCCCUCUACCUCCCCCUUGGCGGGCGAGGAGGGCCCCGGGCCCCUCCCUCAACAGGGACCUAAUGCCACCUCCUCGUCGUCGUCGGCGCCGUCAGCGUCGCCGCCUGCGACGUUCAACUUGACGUGCAUGACUUGCCACACGCACUUCACGUCGGCGGAGCAGUACACGCGGCACCAUUGCGUGGCCUCGUCCGCCGCCCAGGACGCCAUUAACGAGUCGUCCAGUGACGUGGAGAAGUUCGACGGCAAGAUCGUGUACAACCCCGACGGGUCGGCCUACAUCAUUGACUCUGAGAUGAGCGACGACGAGGGUGUGGCGGGCCUGGAGCUACCGCGGCACGAGGGGUCCAUAGUGGACUCCCCGAGAAACCCGCUCUCCUCCACCGCCGCCCCCACCAUCCCCACUAUCGCCAACGCCAUAUACGUCACCAAGAACCCCGCCUUCUAUACCGCCCUAUACGGUCAAACCUUCACCUCGCUAAUCCAGGAAAACAAAGUUCCUGAAGUUCCCAUUGUUCACAACUACAGGGUCUUUACCGUUGGUGAUAAAGACAGUGAAAAUGAAUGUAAAGACAGUGAUAGCAAAAAUGAUAGUUCCAGUGAGAAAACAAAACUUCCAUUAUUAGACUACUCGCAAGUUCCAAUUAAACCUAUAUUGAUGUGUUUUGUAUGUAAGUUGUCUUUUGGAUAUGUUAGAUCUUUUAUUGCCCAUGCGAUGGGCGACCAUAGUGUAGUGCUCAUGGAUGAGGAGAGAGACCUUUUGGCGGCCAAGAACGCCUCGGCCAUCAUCCAGUGCGCGGGUCGGGAGAAGGAGCCGCGAGUGUCGUUCCUAGAGCCAGUGACGCCCCCAGGUGCCGGCAGCAGCAGCAGUAGUAACAAUAACUGCAGCAGCAGCACCCAGCACGGGGGCGCGCUGGCCACCCUGCUGCCCUCCGGGGCCCCCAGCGGCACCUCCCCCAGCCCGCAGCCGUCACCUGUAAAGGCUGCGCACAACAACGAUGCCCACCACGACCUCACCGAUGACGAACGAACCAAUGCAGUCAAACGUGAAAUGCCUGACUUUUACGAACUUGUCCGUCAGCAGCAGCAGCAGCAACUGCAGCAGCACCAACAACAGCAGCAGCAGCAUCACCACCACCAACAAAAUCAUCAUCAGCACCAACAGCGGUCUGAUCCCUUCGCUGCCCCUCAACACCCAGCCGCUGCACGGACUCCAGACCUGAGCCGCAAGUCGCCUAUCUCGGCCCUUGGUGCCAAUGGACGCGCCUCUGUGUCGCCCGUAACGUCGAUGUCGCCCACGAGCUUCUCGCCGCUGCAGUCCCCCGUGACGCAGCUGACGGGCACCGUCAUCGGCGCGUGCCCAGAGCACAUGAACGGGCGACCUCAGGGCGUCACCUGCGACAAGUGCGAUCUCAUCCUACAACAGUCGCGCCAGCUGGGCGGACAAAUGGCAUUCAUGCACUCUCGCAACUCCUGCAAGACCCUCAAGUGUCCCAAGUGCAACUGGCACUACAAGUACCAGGAGACACUGGAGAUCCACAUGAAGGAGAAGCACCCGGAGAACGAGUCCACCUGCAUCUAUUGCCUCACCAACCAGGCGCACCCGCGUCUUGCCCGAGGGGAGACCUACACCUGCGGCUACAAACCUUACCGCUGCGAGGUGUGUAACUACUCCACCACCACAAAAGGCAACCUUUCAAUCCACAUGCAGAGCGACAAACAUCUAAACAACAUGCAAGAGUUGCAGAACGGUGGUAUGCCCACCAUGGACGGCACUCUAGGCUCACAGUCGCUAACAUCACAGCAGCAGAGUCCAUCCGGCAGUAUUUACUCGGCGCCCAAGACGCCCACGCCGUCGACCACUCCGGCACCCACGCAGCAGCAACAGAAGCCCAAGCCUGUGUGGCGCUGUGACGUCUGCAACUAUGAGACCAAUGUUGCACGUAACUUGCGUAUCCACAUGACCAGCGAGAAGCACACACACAACAUGAUGGUGCUGCAGCAGAACGUGAAGCACAUGCAGCAGCUAAGUGCUCUACAGGGAGGCGGAGGCGGUGGGAGCCAGAUGGAUGCUAUGGCUCUCCUGCAGUACGCCGGUAACCCUGCUGCCGCCGCCGCCAUGAUGGCUAGCUUGGGAGUAGGAGAGAAACCACACCUUCCGGAGGCAGCUCUUGCUGACCUCGCCUACAAUCAGGCGCUGCUGAUCCAGAUGAUGUCGGGUGGCCAAAUGCCUCCUAGCCACAUGGGUCACGGCGGCCAUAUGGGUCACGGGGGUCAUGGUGGCCCCCCGGGUCACGCCAGCGAACAUCCUGGCCCACACUUUGACUUGGGCCUCAACCCCGAGUCACUGGAGCCUCCGCCGGAGCCCGUGCCACCCAACCCGCGGCACGCCUUCACCUGCUGUGUGUGCUCCGUCUUCUCCACCGACUCACUAGAGCAGCUCACCCUCCACCUGCAGCUAGACCGCUCAAAGAUCAACGAGAACGAGGUCUUACUGGUGGUCGCGGGGAAUUACAUCUGUAAGUUGUGUUCGUACAAGACCAACCUCAAAGCUAACUUCCAGCUGCACUGUAAGACUGACAAACAUCUGCAGAAGUUGCAGCACGUCAACCACAUCCUGGAGGGCGGCCCGCGGAACGAGUGGAAGCUCAAGUACCUGUCUAACACCAACCCGAUGCACGUGCGGUGUAACCUGUGUGAGUAUUACACCAACAGCGUCCACAAGCUGCAGCUGCACGCCGCCCACCAGAGGCACGAGGUACUCAACGUCCUCUUCCGCCACCUGUGUGUCGCGGAGCAGACCAUGAUGGAGGAGCGCCGCAUGUACACCUGCACCCUCUGUAGCUUCACCACGCGCGCCAAGCUACAGAUGCUCCACCACAUCCGCUCUAUGCGCCACCUGCAGAUGGAGCAACUCCACCAGAUCCAGCGACACGCUGAGGGCGGCACCCAACAGGACAUCGGCGACAUCUUCAAGGUGGAAGAAUCCGAAGAAGAAGGACGCCACACUCCGCCUGAAGAGACCAAAGAUGAGACGGGCCGCUCCCCGGACCACGUGCACGCGUGUCCCUUCUGCCACUUCACGUGCGAGUCGGAGACGACGCUGCAGCAUCACGUAGACGCUGACCAUGGCGGUGAGAAGAAGGCGGGCCUCAGGUGUCCGCUGUGCGAGGAGGCGUGUCCGGACAUGUCCGCCCUGGAGAAGCACGCCAUUAAUAUUCACUCCGUCAACUCUGACGGCCUUCAGCGCCUCUUGCUGCUGGUCAGACUUAGUGAUGCUGCUAGUAAAGGCGAUGAUGAGGAGGACCAUCACCAAAACCAGAGCGAACAGCAUCAGCGGUUGCAGGAACAGCUACAGCAGCGGUACCAGCAGAAGCCGGAAGAGAGCCAGUCAUCAGGUGGUGCAGGUAAGCGAGGUGAUGAGCGGAGCGUGGGCCGGGAGCAGGAGGAGUGUGGCGUGUGUGGGGUGGCCUGUGUCUCUAUCGAAGAUCUAGUAGCUCACCAGGCGAUUACUGGCCACACGACCAUCACGGAGACCCCGCGUGGCCCCGGCUACUUAUGCUGGAAGAAGGGCUGCAACCACUACUUCCCCACAGCCCAAGCGCUACAUAGUCACUUUCGGGAGAUCCACGGCGCGGCCCCCCGACCCUCAGUGGCUGUGUCUGAACGACACGUGUACAAGUACCGUUGUCAACAAUGCUCACUCGCGUUUAAGACUGUUGAGAAGCUGCAGUUGCAUUCCCAAUACCAUGCCAUUCGGGACGCUACUAAAUGCCUACUGUGCCAACGGAACUUCCGUUCGUUAACUGCACUGCAGAAGCACGUCAGUUUAGACCACACCAACCUGACGCCGGUGGAGCGUAACCAGUUCCAGGCGUCCACCGUCGGAACUCCGGUGGGGGCGGGGGCGGGACCAGUCCUUGACCCCAACACCACAGCCCUGCUCCGUCGGGAGUCCAACAAGGGGGACGAGGUGGAGGAGGUGGCGCGAGUGGUGGAAGAGCCGCCACUCCCGCCACAGCAGCAGGCUAUUGAGGACUACCUCAACUCGGACACGAUGGCCCUGGACAACUAUAGCGACCCGGCGAGACGCUACAAGUGUCACCGGUGCCGUGUCGGCUUCACCAGACAGAGUUACCUCACAGCUCACCAAAAGACGCUGCUCCACCGUCGUGGUGAGAAGCUCACUUAUCCCAUGGAGAAAUACCUCGACCCCAACAGACCUUAUAAAUGUGACGUCUGUAAAGAGUCAUUUACGCAGAAAAAUAUUCUGCUUGUACAUUAUAAUUCAGUCAGUCAUUUGCACAAGCUUAAAAAAGCUAUGCAGGAUAAAGAGACCAAAGGAUCCUUAAGUAAUACUCAGACCCAGUCUGAGCUGGGCAGCACUGAGGGCAGAACAACCCCCCAGGGGGACGGCCAAGCCGGCCCCCCACGGGGUAGCGGUGUAGGGAUGGGGGAGGAGGAGGAGCGGAACAAACCUUAUAGAUGUCAUGUGUGCCGCGUGGCGUACUCCCAGCAGUCAACGCUGGACAUCCACCUCCGCUCAGUGCUCCAUCAGACACGUGCCUCCCGCCUCCCAGAGUACGGGGGCCCCGCCGCCCACCAUGACCCCUUGCGCCCACUAGUCGAGCGAACACCCACACCCACCUCCACCCCGCAGCCCUCCCCAGCCCCACACCACGACGCCCACACUCCUCGCUCCCCUUCUAACUCCCAGGGCACCCCUCCUGGGGCGCACCAUCAGGGCAUUUCCUCCUCCAGUAGUAGUGGCAGCGGCGGCCAGGGAAGCUGCGGGCGCUGCGGCGGCGUGUGGAACACAGCUGAGCAAGGGGCACAGCACGCAGUGCUGUGUGGUCUUCUGCCGCCCCAUCUGGCCUUCCUUCCUCACGUCAGCUGCAGCAGCUUGAGUCCGUCAGCCGCCCUGGACGCCGCAUGGGCCUCCCUCUGCGGCGCCACCCACCUGCCCCCGACUCAGCCCCACGACCGCUCUCUCUCUCCAUCUGAAUGUUCCAUAGAAUCUCUCUCUACCUCUAGAUUCACUGUACCUUUCAGAAAGUCUUCACGCCUUCACAAGCACUUAUUAGAAAGCUUUGGCUUUGAUCUAGUUGUUCAGUAUGUUGAAAAUCAACAGACUAGUCCUUCAAAAGACCCUGAUGAAGGGACUUCUGAGGACGCUAAAGACAAAUCCAUUUCUAAUUUGCCUGAACUAAGUAAAUCCAAAUGUCCUCAAUGUUAUAAAAAAUUUUCUAGUGUAUGGGUUUUAAAAGCCCACUUAGAAGAAAUUCAUAAGUCAGGUGUACCUUUUGAUUACCUUAAGAAAUUCUCUGAUGAGUACCGUAAAGAGUACAACACUAGUCGGCACUGCUCUAGCAGCGAUCCCUCUGCUCUUACAGAUGAGGAGCGAGGCCGGGACGCGGAGGUCGUCCAGGGGGGAGAGAAGGGGACUUCAGAUGAGAGAGAGAAAGAGGCAGAGUCAGGCAGCAGGAGCGACGCCGCGGCCACGCCCACGCCCACCUCUCGUGCCACGCCUACACCAGGGAUCACGCCCACCUCCACCACCGCCUGCUCCAUCUCCCCCGCUGCUGACCACCAGGGUAUGAGUAUGCCGCCACAGAUGGCAGAAAUGGCGGCGGCACUCAAUGCUCUCACUGCAGCCCAGAUGCAGCAGAUGCAGUUCAACCCCAUGAUGAUGGCAGGGUUGGGUCUGGCGGCAGGGUUGCCACUACAACUCAACCCUCUGGCUGCCAUGAACCUACACCCACCCUUGGCGCCCAUGCUGCCUCCACACAUGUUCGACCAUAUGGCCCUCGCCAGUAUGCAGCAGCAGGGACCACCUACUUCAGGGCCUUCAGGCCUCCAAGGUGACCCAUCUGUGUUCAUCAAGCAGCAACAGCAACAGCUCCUACAGCAGCAGCAGCAACAACAACAGGCUGCUGCUGCUGCUGCCGCCGCCGCUGCUGCCCAGCAGAAAAGAGCUCGAACACGCAUCACUGAUGAACAACUCAAGAUCCUAAGAGGCCACUUCGACAUCAACAAUUCUCCCACAGAGGAACAGAUAAACGAGAUGGCUAAACAGAGUGGACUGCCUCCCAAGGUGAUCAAACAUUGGUUUCGCAACACCCUGUUCAAGGAGCGACAACGCAGCAAAGAUUCGCCGUAUAACUUUAGCAUCCCACCGUCCACCACACUCAACCUGGAGGAGUACGAGAAGACAGGUGAGGCCAAGGUGAUGCUGCUCAACCCAGAAGAGGCGCGCGAGAUCGUGGCGAUCAACAGUGCUCGGGAGGAGGAGAGAGUCGCCGAGCGGAUCCCAAAGGAGCAAGAAGAGCCAGUCCCUGACCGUGCCGCAGCCAUGUCCCCGCUCAACAAAGUUCCUAGUCUUAACCAAGACAAUAGCCGAGUACAAGAAAAGAACGGGGACGGCUUAGGUGGGUCAGUAGGUCUGAAUAACCAGCAGCAGCUCCAACACCAACAACAACAGCGGGAGCAGCAACAACAACAACAACAACAACAACAACAGCGGGAGCAGCAACAACAACCACCGCUGGAGCAGCAACAGCGGGAGCAGCUGCCAAUACAACCGUUGCUGUCACACCAUCACCAGCAACAACAGGUGAGCAGUGGACCCCAGUUGGUGUCGUCGGCGUCGUCAUCCCCUCUGGGGCUGCCGGCGACCUCGCCGUUCACCUCCCUGGCUUCGCCGCAGACGUCGCUCUCACUCACCUCACUCAUUACCUCCCAGCUUGAGACCAACCCCAUGCUGGCCCACAAGCUGCCUCACACACCACCCACAGUUCCUAGUUCUGGCCUUAUUCCUCCAAGCUCAGGUGUGAGUCCCACGCCGCCCCAUCUGUCCUUCCCAUCAACCCCACUCUCUGCCCCCCACACUCCCACCUCUUCCUGCUCCAACACAGGCAAGCGAGCCAACCGCACCCGCUUCACUGACUACCAGAUUAAGGUGCUACAAGAGUUCUUCGAGAACAACGCCUACCCCAAGGACGAUGAUCUGGAGUACUUGUCCAAGCUGCUCAACCUCUCGCCGCGUGUUAUUGUGGUGUGGUUCCAGAACGCCCGCCAGAAGGCACGGAAGGUGUACGAAAACCAGCCGCCCAUCGACCCCAACGACGAAGGCGCGGGCAGGUUCACGCGGACGCCGGGCCUCAAUUACCAAUGUAAGAAGUGCUUGCUUGUCUUCCAGCGGUACUAUGAGCUCAUCCGACACCAGAAGACUCAUUGUUUCAAGGAAGAAGACGCCAAGCGCUCAGCCCAGGCACAAGCAGCAGCAGCUCAAGCAGCAGCGCUGUACAAUGACGAGAACUCAAACCACUCCAGCAUCACCGACUCAUCACAGCAGUCAGGUGGUCUAGACACCAAGUCCACCGAGAGUUUCCAGUGUGAUAAGUGCAGUCUGGUAUUUAAUCGGUUUGAACAGUGGCGGGAACACCAAAUUGUUCACCUUAUGAAUCCAGCACUCUUUUUAAAUAAAGGUGCUGAUUCCCCCUUUACUAGCAUACAGCAGCAGCAACAGCAGUCACAGCCUCCACAGCAGCCACAACAGCCGCCCACCUCCGUCCCUCAGCCCCACCCUAGCCCCCUCUUACCCCCAGCCUCGCCUCUGAAGCGUAAAGCUGACGAGAGCGAGGAUGAGAGAGAGAGCAUGGUGGGGAGCACCGAGGCCCAGAGGGAUAAGCGGCUCCGCACCACCAUCCUUCCGGAGCAGCUCGACUACCUCUACCAGAAGUACCAGAUGGAGGCCAACCCUUCGCGGAAGAUGCUCGAGACCAUUGCUCAGGAAGUGGGUCUCAAGAAGAGGGUCGUCCAAGUUUGGUUCCAGAACACACGAGCGCGAGAAAGGAAAGGUCAGUUUAGAGCUCAUGCACAAGUGAUUAACAAAAAAUGUCCCUUCUGUCCUGCUAUCUUUAAAGUCAAGUCUGCUCUUGAGUCGCACCUUUCCACUAAGCACGCGGAUCAUUACUCUAAGGGAGAUGUGGACAUUGAUGCACUGCCUGAUGUAGAAGACUCUGGUGUUGGGAACUUCGGCCUGUCUUCAACUCCUUCUGCAACUCAAGCCUCUCAAGUGAUGCCCUCUUCUCUCUUCUCCUCAGAAGUUCCGGAAGACUCGAUAGCCAUGUACCACGAGGAGGCAAUCCGGCGGUACCUCAACGAUGUCAACUUAUCAUCAGACGGUACCCGGCGAGAAGGUGAGAGUCCACUUGAUCUCAGUAAACCCUUAGACAUUGUGCGGCCGCUGGGGUUUGACUCCUCCCUGCUGGACAGCACCAACGAUCACCUCGACGACAACUCGGACGAGGAGAGCUACCACCUGGACGUGGUGGAUCACGACGAAGGCGACACUCUCUUAAACUCAUAUGAGAGUAAUCCAACCUCGCCCGCCUCUUCAACCACCAGCAGCGCCAAGCAGGCUGGGGCCCAGCAUGGCGCUGCCAACAAGAGGUUCCGCACCCAGAUGUCGUCCAUCCAGGUGAAGAUCAUGAAAAGUGUGUUCCAGGAUUAUAAGACGCCUACGAUGGCGGAGUGUGAGUUGCUGGGGAGGGAGAUAGGGCUAGCCAAGCGUGUGGUGCAGGUGUGGUUCCAGAAUGCGCGGGCAAAGGAAAAGAAAGCCAAAUUGGCUCUGCAGAAGGUGCUCGGCACGGAGCCCGAGGCUCCCAAACCACCUGAGGAGUGCAAAGUGUGUAACUUUAAGUACAGUCAUAAGUACUCUAUUCAGGACCACUUGUUCACGCGGUCACAUAUCGAAAACAUGAAAAUGUUCCUGGAAAAAGUGAAGGAAGAGAGUGACGCGGCCGGCCUAAACUCCAGCCUGAGUUCGAUGUCUGGAGACGUCGACCGGCCGCCCUCGGCUAUGACGCCCGCGGCCGGCCUGGCCCACCAGCUGCAGAUGGCGCAGCUGAUGGCACUAGGGUCCCCACCAGCUGCUGCCGGUGCCGCCGCUGGUGAAGAAAAGAAGGGCGGCCCUGGUGGGAGCAGCAACACCGACGACCUGAGUCGCCUGCAGCUCCUGCAGCAGAUGUACCAGCAGAUGGGUCUCGGGGGGCUGCAAGGGGCGCCGCACCCACUCCUUCAGCACGCCAUGAUGGCCGGCGCCGGUGAGUAGCGGUCCCCCUCCCUCCCAUCAAUGUCCGCACCCGCUGCCCGUCCCGCCCACACACCACCCAGCGCCGCCCGCACGCUACCCCGCCCUAUCCCGCCUGCCCCGGCCACGCCUGCCAGGGGACCACUACUACUACACCUGCUCACGCUCACUGCGCCAUGAGGGUCGCCCUAGGAGGCCCGGCAGUAUUAUGUCCGGCCGGUGGAGUAGUGAGCAGCAGCAGCAGCCCCCGGGCAGGCCUGGCCGGGGCUAGCGUCAGUGUAGCUUGGCCCUGUCACGCUUUAUCCUCCCUGGCAGCGUCACGCUUGCCGGUGUGCUGCUGCUGGCCCCACCCUGUGUUCACUCUCGCUUGUCCGGACCCGAUCUGUCAACUCCUGUGUCUGUGUCAAGCCCAAGCCCAGGUCGCGGGUGGGAAUACGGACAUGCUGUACCCCACUCGUGGAGAGACAAGUCUGUUGCUUAAUGUGUUGAUGUUUAAUUGAUGGCAUUUUUGCAAAGUUACGAAAGUUCCGGAUAUCAGGCCUUACUGAGUCUGAGGCCUUAACAAGCUUCACUAGAGCUGGUUUUAUGUACUUUUUUUGUGUAAUCCUCUAGGACUGUGCGUCACGAUGGUAGAUCAUAGAGUAUAAUAAAGCCUAUUAAUGGUGAAACACUAUCAUACCUCGCAUCAAAGCAUAUGAAUUGAAUGUAACUCUAAAAUAUAAAAAAGAAAAAAAGAUUUGUCGCGCACCAGAUUAACGCUAUCCUGUAUACUGAACUUAUAGUUAAUGUUCCUACCACUUUUUAUGCUACUCACGUGAUGAAUGUUUCAGAACGCAUAAUUAUUAUUUUCACUAAUUUUAGCGAAACCCAAAACAAUCAGUAGCAAGAUUUCUAACUAAAAAAAUCGUUUACUAAUACAGUUGAUAUCACAUGACUGUAAAUUGACUACUAGCUUGUACAUUAGGUCAGCUUAUAGACAGUAUCUAGGCUUUAGCGUGCAACCUCUUCUCCUCACUUAUAGACGCAAGUAACCCUCACUUAUAAAACGACCAGUAUUCUUAGUUGCUACUUAAGGGGACUUUUUACCUUCGAGCGAAUCAUCGUUAACUACAAAAUUAACUAUGUAAGAGUACAAGGCAGAUUUCCAAACUCGAACUUCUGUUGUUGUUUUUUAUCCCCUUCAGUCGUGACCAGGAAUUCGGGUCAUUAGGGUGUUAAAAAAAAAUCUCUUUGUAUCUACCACAAGCAACAGGUUCCUGAGAUAAUGCCGAUAAUCACGAGUGAAUUCAGACAAAACUCGACCAUAGAUUCCUCAUCAGUCUUCCACAUCCAACCGACCCAACUGAAGGUAUUAAGAGCAAAACAAAAACAAAAAGUUCUCAAAAUAACCCCCCCCCCUCCCAGUAUGUGUAUAUCCGAAUAUGUCGGAUAUAUUUUCAAUCAAUAUUCAGAAUAGCCCUCCCCCCACCACAAUCUCCCAUCUAUAGCCUCUUCAUUCAUAAACUGAGAGGAAAAACGAGAUAGUUCAUUCAUUAAAACUUACUACAACAGUUGUAAGUUAUACGACCUAUAACAAGCGUUCGGUGUCCCCCCCUCAUGCAAUUGUAUGUAUAUUGUACAUUUUAAUCCAAGGAAAGUAAUGGUCGUCAGAUGUAAACUUGUGACCAGUGUUGAGUGAGGUGUAGUGUUCGUUUUGUGCCGCAGGAAUAUUGUGUAUUGUAUGGCAUGUGGGUGUCCAGGUACACACACAUACCAUAGGUUGGAAUGUAUUUUUAAAAAAAGAAUUUGAAAGGUGACGAAUGUAUCUGUAGGAGGUGGUGUUUAAAAAAUAAAUAACCUGCCAGUAAGAUAUAUCAAUCCCAGCUCAUGGGAUUAUUGAUCUUACUGGCUCUUACGAUAAGGCAGUAAGAUAACACAAAAUCAUACCCAUGGAGGGGUUACUUAUCUUACUGGCGCCUCUAUGAUAGCAACAGUAAGAUACUUGUCAACGCAGUCCAUGGGGAUAUAUAUAUAUAGAUCUUGCUGACGCUUUUCACUUGGCCUUAAAGAGCCCCCCACCACCUCCUAGCUGGAUGACGAAGCUUGUCUCGGUACAGUAAAACGAACACUACAGCCCCGCCGCUCAUUGAUGCCCCCACUCUACCUCGCACAUAUUUUGCCGAACGAACAAAGUAGCGGGCGAGCGAACCCCUUGUGCCAGUGCCAGCAACCCCCUCUUAGAGUGGCUCGUGUAUGGUAAGUUUGAGCCGUGGAGGGGGUCAGGGUAGCGAGGUUGCAGGCUUCGCUCGCCGGUCCAACAAGAUCAUGAGGUCAUAGUAGCGAUUUUGAGCCUUGUGUACCGAGAGGAGCGAGGGUACCCAGCAGUGACGUGCGGUGAACGAACAGACAGACAGAUCUUUUUUGUGUUGGUUUUCACUAGAUUGAUCAAUAAUAUCCUAGAGCUUGUGUUAAAAAGGGGGAAUAAGUUGUGUUGAUAAAUGCAGGCUCAGAAUUGCUAGUUUGAUCCCAUUUAACUGUACGUGUAAGUGUGUUUGUAUGUUUGUAUUAUUCCUGCGUCUGUCACACAGUUCCUUCCAGCAUCCAACUGGCUUUGUACCAGAGGGUCGUUACCUGUUACAGAACGACCCGCCAAUUGUUGUCCUUUAUAGACCACAAGAAUGAAUAUAUCAGUCUAGCAACACACCAGGUGACAUCUUUCACUUUUUCUCAUAAUAGGUUUACCGUAGUGUGUCCGAAACUGCUGAAAACCGUGUUGUGUGUGUGUUUUUACAGUUCACGAAUCUGGUUUGCUUUCAAGGCAGGUUUAUUGCCUCACGGGUUUUUUCUUCAUUUUUUUUUAUUCAUUUCAACAUCACUCUUUUUUGCGGUGUUCAAAGCCGAUGUGUGGAUUGUUAGGUGCUUGAGAACUACGCGGUAAGGAAUCCAUACUGACUCACAGCUUAGAGUUGGAACGUUUUUCAGCAGUUUCGGACACAGUGAAGUGAAUUCAGCAUUAGCAGUGAUUGGCCAGUUCCGGCGGGCUGUCAAUAAGGGUGAGAGUUCCGCUGGCUGCAGCUGCUCCGUACAACCCUAUGAGUAACGCUAUACCUUAUUGUAAGUCGUGGAGCUGGUCCUUCACCUCAUGACGAAUAUUUUAAUAAGACCAGUUUGUUUGUUUUUUCUUCCUUGUGUUGAGUGUAGCAACCAGUGAGCCUAUUUGUUAUGUGAGGCACUGAACAAUAUCAUAUCUCUUUGAGUUUCUGUUAUAGAAGAAAAAACACCGUGUUGGGUCGGUGAUUUUUUGCAAACUGGAGUUGACUACUAUAAUAUAUCAUGAAACGGUUCCUCGCUUUUAUUUGGAAAUUAUUUAUAUAACUGAAAUGAAUCGCAAAGUUCCUAUUUGAAUGUGAAUAUUUGAGAUACUAUUAGUACUGAUAUAAUAAUAGUAAUAAGAGAAUAAACGUACAUGUAGGGCGCUUGGAUCUCGCAGGGGUGAUGACUCUUGAUAUUGCCGCCAUGUGAGUGUUCCUUAUAUUUUUACAUUAAUAAUAAUUGUUGUAAUCAUUUUAUGGACCACAUCGGUAUGACUUUGUCCACUUUAGAAGAUGAUGGUGUUAACUAAGCUCUGGUAUUUAUAUAUGACUUCUAUUAUGUUGUAAAUAGUUAUGGUAGACUUCUCGAGUGCUACCAUUGUGUUAUGUUGUACAUUAUCAUUAUUAUAAUUAUUAUUAUUAUUAUUAUUUUUAUGACUACAAGUUAUAAGCUAAGUCUUAAAUGUGUGUUGUGCUUUACUGUACAGCCGUAUAUCUAAAACCGGUCAGAUGUCUCUUUAUGUUGUACAUUAAUUUUAUUUCCAGUGUCAUUUUACUUCUUUCUUUGUAUAUUACAUCAUAUAUAAUUUAGUUAAAGAGAAAACAGUUGUGUUUUGUUGUAUAUUACUGAGUUAGAGACGUUCUCAUUAUUUCCUGUACGUAUGUGGGAAAUUAGUGAUAAAUAAACCUCGAAAAUAAAA